GCCGCUGGCUGCGCUAGGACCCCCAGCCGCCGGUCGCCGAGGGGCGGUGGGAAGGGGGGAGCGGGAUCGACAGCGCCCCGGAGAGUGGCGCCCGCCCGGGCGCAGCGCGGCAUGUAGCUGCGGGCUCCCGCGCCCGCGUGAGGGUGUCGGCCUGGGGCCCCGCCAUGGCUGGAAAGGACAGUGGGAACCUGAAGACGGUGAGGCUGUGGCGGGACGCCGCCCUGCGCGCCAGGAAGCUGCGGAGCAACCUGCGCCAGCUCACGCUCAGCGCGGCCGGGGCCGACCCCAUCGACUCCCCCGACGCGCCCCAGCUCGUGCUGCCGGCCAACAUCGGUGACAUUGAGGUGCUGAACCUGGGCAACAACGGCCUGGAGGAGGUGCCCGACGGGCUGGGCUCGGCGCUGGGCAGCCUGCGUGUCCUGGUCCUGCGCAGGAACCGCUUCGCCCGGCUGCCCCCGGCGGUGGCCGAGUUGGGCCACCACCUCACUGAGCUGGACGUGAGCCACAACCGGCUGACCGCCCUGGGCGCAGAGGUGGUGAGUGCCCUGCGGGAGCUGCGCAAGCUCAACCUCAGCCACAACCAGCUGCCCGCCCUGCCCGCCCAGCUGGGCGCCCUUGCCCACCUGGAGGAGCUGGAUGUCAGCUUUAACCGGCUGGCGCACCUGCCCGACUCCCUCUCCUGCCUCUACCGCCUGCGCACCCUCGACGUGGACCACAACCAGCUCACUGCUUUUCCCCGGCAGCUGCUGCAGCUGGCGGCCCUGGAGGAGCUGGACGUGUCCAGCAACCGGCUGCGGGGCCUACCUGAGGAUAUCAGUGCCCUGCGUGCCCUCAAGAUCCUCUGGCUCAGUGGGGCUGAGCUUGGCACCCUGCCCAGCGGCUUCUGUGAGCUGGCCAGCCUGGAGAGCCUCAUGCUAGACAACAACGGGCUGCAGGCUCUGCCCGCCCAGUUCAGCCGUCUGCAGCGGCUCAAAAUGCUCAACCUCUCCUCCAACCUUUUUGAGGAGUUCCCUGCCGCGCUGCUGCCCCUGGCUGGUCUGGAGGAGCUCUACCUUAGCCGCAACCAGCUCACCUCAGUGCCAUCCCUCAUCUCGGGCCUCAGUCGUCUUCUCACCCUGUGGCUGGAUAAUAACCGGAUCCGCUACCUGCCGGACUCCAUCGUGGAACUGACCGGCCUGGAGGAGCUGGUGCUGCAGGGGAACCAGAUCGCCGUGCUGCCGGACAACUUUGGCCAGCUCUCCCGGGUGGGCCUGUGGAAGAUCAAGGACAACCCACUGAUCCAGCCCCCCUACGAGGUCUGUAUGAAGGGGAUCCCCUACAUCGCAGCCUACCAGAAGGAGCUGGCUCAUUCCCAGCCGGCGGUGCAGCCGCGCCUCAAGCUGCUUCUGAUGGGCCAUAAGGCUGCAGGAAAGACCUUACUCCGCCACUGCCUCACCGAGGAGAGAGUGGAGGGAAACCAAGGAGGAGGGGACAAGGAGAAGAGCUACCCACCUUCACCUCCUCCCGUGAGUAAGGGCAUUGAGGUGACCAGCUGGACGGCCGAUGCUUCCCGGGGCCUGCGGUUCAUCGUGUAUGACUUAGCUGGCGAUGAAAGUUACGAGGUGAUCCAGCCCUUCUUCCUCUCCCCAGGAGCCCUUUAUGUGCUGGUGGUGAACUUGGCCACCUAUGAGCCACCCGGCUUCCCCACCACCGUGGGCUCCUUCUUGCAUCGGGUAGGGGCCCGGGUGCCUCACGCCGUGGUGUGCAUCGUGGGCACGCACGCAGACCUGUGUGGGGAGCGGGAGCUAGAGGAGAAGUGUCUGGACAUCCACCGCCAGAUCGCCCUGCAGGAGAAGCACGACGCGGAGGGGCUGAGCCGUCUGGCGCAGGUGGUGGACGAGGCCCUGGCCCGGGACUUCGAGCUGCGUUCCGCCAGCCCCCACGCAGCCUACUAUGGGGUUUCGGACAAGAACCUUCGGCGGCGCAAGGCCCAUUUUCAGUACCUGCUCAACCACCGGCUGCAGAUCCUCUCCCCGGUGUUGCCUGUUAGCUGCAGGGACCCCCGCCAAUUACAGCGCCUUCGGGACAAACUGCUCUCGGUGGCCGAGCACCGGGAAAUCUUCCCCAACUUACACAGAGUGCUGCCUCGAUCCUGGCAGGUGCUGGAGGAGCUGCAUUUCCAGCCCCCUCAGGCGCAGCGCCUUUGGCUAAGCUGGUGGGACUCGGCGCGCCUGGGCUUGCAGGCGGGUCUGACCGAGGACCGGCUGCAGAGUGCUCUCUCCUACCUGCACGAGAGCGGCAAGCUGCUCUACUUUGAGGACAGCCCGGCGCUCAAGGAGCACGUCUUCCACAACCUCACCCGCCUCAUCGACAUUCUCAAUGUCUUUUUCCAGAGGGAUCCUUCCUUGCUGCUGCAUAAGCUGCUCCUAGGGACCAGCGGAGAGGGCGAAGGCGAGGGGGAAAGCUCCCCCGUGGUGGCGCUGCCCAACCCGAGCCAGGACGUGCUGCGGGCCACCCAGCUCCAUCAUUAUGUAGAGGGCUUUCUGCUUCAUGGGCUCUUGCCAGCCCAUGUCAUUCGGUUGCUGCUUAAGCCUCAUGUCCAGGCCCAGCAGGACUUGCAGCUGCUGCUGGAGCUGCUGGAGAAGAUGGGACUCUGUUACUGCCUCAAUAAACCCAAGGGCAAGCCUUUGAAUGGGUCCACGGCCUGGUACAAGUUCCCAUGCUAUGUGCAGAACGAAGUGCCCCACGCGGAGGCCUGGAUUAACGGGACCAACCUGGCGGGGCAGUCUUUCGUGGCUGAGCAACUGCAGAUUGAAUAUAGUUUUCCCUUUACCUUCCCACCUGGGUUGUUUGCACGCUACAGCGUCCAAAUCAACAGCCAUGUGGUGCACAGGUCCGAUGGGAAACUUCAGAUCUUUGCCUAUCGGGGGAAAGUUCCAGUGGUGGUGAGUUACAGACCUGCCAAGGGGGUCCUGCACCCAGACACUCUGUCCAUUGCCAGCCAUGCAUCAUUACCAAAUAUAUGGACGGCAUGGCAAGCCAUAACCCCUUUGGUAGAGGAACUGAAUGUCCUACUUCAGGAGUGGCCUGGACUGCACUACACCGUGCACAUUCUCUGUUCUAAGUGCCUUAAGAGAGGGUCGCCCAAUCCACACGCUUUCCCAGAUGACCACCUCUGCUCCUGGCCAGUGACUCACGGGCACCAUCCACCCUUGUGCUCUCUGAAGCCCUUCGUUCUUACGGUGACUGCUCCCCAUCUCUCCUGCUUCAUCAUUUUUCCCCUGCUGGAUCAUUCCUGUCAGCAUCUCAUCAGACGGGGAGUUGCUGAGUCAGCCCAGACCAGAAGGAGUGGCAGAGAUCAUUUGCCCCAAGAACGGCAGCGAGCGAGUGAAUGUUGCCUUGGUCUACCCACCCACACCAACUGUGAUCAGCCCCUGUUCCAAGUAUCUCCAUACUUUCUUGGAAAAUUAAGUGGAAAAGAUAGUGCUUCUUUCCCUUAUGCCAUCAUUUUUACUGUACCCAAUCUGUGACUUUAGGAGCACCAAUUUUUAAGGGAAGAACGUUGGCGAAAAGCACAGAAACCAGUGACUUGUAUGGCUGUGGAAUUUCCGUGGAGAAAAGAGAGCAUCAGAACCCACCUGGACCAUCUUUCGGACCUGGCCAACCCUCCACACUCCCAAGAGUGUUCGUGAACUUGGGUGCCUAAGUGUUGAGGAUGCUCACAAAGGAGGAGCACACCUGGGCUGCGGCCGAGGGGUGGGGGGGAAGAGCCGAGGGAAGGGUGGGAGGAUAUGGAGCAAAUGUUUUACAACCUGAACCUCAGAACUGUGAUCCUCCAAGGAGAGCGCUACUUGAAGAAAAGGAAAAAAAAAGUCGAAUGGCUUCUCAGGGAUUUUGUUUUCCGUGCACAUAUAAGCCAUAGUUCCAGUGCAGGUGGCAGUAUUUAGAGCACUCAGAUUUCAGUUCUGUUAAAUGUGAAAGAGGGAUCGACUGACCAUUCAUUGCUGUUCCAUAACUAGUGUAAAAUAUGUAUAUGUUUUAUCUUUAUUUUUAUAAUAUGCAAAUACAUUUAAAUUUAUACAGUUUGAAGCUUCUAGCGUUAGUUAACACUGGGUGCAAUAUUCUGCAUGAGAACUGUGCCAAGAUGGGGCUGAUUUCUUAUUUUAGCGUAAGACCUUUUUGUUCAUUCUUUGUUCUUUAAUCCUUCUCAGAUUAAAAAAAAAAGAUAUCUGUCUGCCCGUGGAGUAAACGUUGGUUCACAGAGGUUGUCAAUAAUCUGCAAGAACCUUAAACAUGCAUUUCAGGCAAACGUGCAUUUCCCUCCCCUGCUUUUAAAUAAAGGUCCCUUUAUUUAUAAGGGCACACCAUCGGGCAGGAUAAUGGGAUUAUUCCUUUUCUUUACCCCACAUGUCACUAGUGCCGGGCAGUGUCCUUUCCUGCAGGUUUGGUGUUGACCAUGGGUUGUCACAGGUGAUGUGCUGAUGGAGGCCUGGUCUUAGGAUUCUCUAGUAAGCGGGGUAAAUGGGUCAGCAAGUCUUUCAAUAGCUUAAGCUAAUCAGGAGUCAGUGCUAAAGCAUGCCAAGAGCUCUGCUCCUAAGUCCUUUUUUUUUCUAGAACAGUCUGUGAAAUUUCGCAGAGCACUUUGAAAGCCCUCCACAUCUGGCUGUCAGACCUUAAGAUAGUGAGCUGCCUAAUUGGAGAGCAUAAUCCCACAUUGGUUAUUUAUAAAUACAGAGCCUCUGAUUGGACUGUUGACUGCCCAGAGCUAGUAAAAGCCGUGUUUAAAAAUCUCCACAAAGUAAAACUUAAAAAGCAAACCAAACAAAUUGCUGUCUCUUCAACUUUUAAUUGGGGCCAAACAGCGUCUGCUGCAAUGGUAAUGCAUUCUCUGAAGAAUGUAAAAGACCCUUUACGUCUGCCUCCUUCAUGUGUUGAUUGAAAAUGUGUAAAACUGUUUCUCGCCAGGUUAGUAAGACAAGAAAAGGGAGUCAGCUAGUAGUAUUCUGUUACUUCUUUUAUAAAGUAUUGACUCUUAGAAUGCCACAGUAUACAAAGUCUCAGCUUAUUUUUAAGAGAAAUAACAAACAAGCAAGCAGCCGCAUUGUAAAAACUCACAAAUCGGUUUUUCUAGUUAAACCAGUAUGAUUUCUUAUGAUCACAAAAUCGAAUGAGAUCAGACCAUUUCUGUGUUUUUUACUACUUGAAUAUGACGCCUCAGAUUUGAGAUUUCAUUUUCUUUUUGAACCCAUUCUCAAGAUUAAUCUGGUUAGUCCUUUUGUCACAGUUCUCGUGUGCGUGCGUGUGUGUGUAUAAGUGUAAACCGAAUGAUAACAUUUAAUUGCUUUAUGGACCAUUGAAUUGUUGGGCAUAAAAAUUUUUUAAUUGGCAUGAGACAGUUCCUAAACUGUCAAAUUAACCGACUUUGACCCGUCUUUUGAAAAAAGACUCUGAAGUGUCUGACUUCGGGCUAACUCCCCAGAGGACCAUAUGAAAUGAAAAAAAAAAAAAUGCUCCUUUGGGUGACAUACCCUGCAAAGUAUUUGCUGUUACUAUGAACAUAAAUGCCCAUGUUCUUAAUAUCUGCUCUUUUUUGACAAGUGACAUCUUGUGCUGUCAUCUGAACCCUAGAGAAGCAGUGUAAGAAGAAAUCUUGGUGUCACAUGUGUUUUAGCAAAAAGGUCAUGACGAUAGAGGAUCAUGUGACUGAAAGAAGCUCCAGAAAAGCUUGAGAACUUGCUUCAGGGUCGGGAGGAGGGUUGGAGAUCCAGAAAACACUCUGCUCUACGAGAAUUUUCGCCGUCUAUGCAGGAAACUCACUCUUCUCUCUCGACACCUGGGAAGACUCAGCCAGCGGAGGCUGACAGGCAGUUCAGUAAGCACAACGGGGUCUUUUCCAACCAAGUGGUCCCCUGCCUCGCAAACAGACGCCCUCCAAGUUUGUUAUGGUUUCUAUUCCUGCAACUUGUGGUAUCAGAACCACUUCCUGGAAUUGUGAAAGUGCUGCCAGAAUAAAUGUUUUUCCUCCUUCCAAGAAAAAAAAUGACAGUGCUCAUAUUUGACACUUGUGCUUUGGACUCUUGUGAAUGAAUAAAAAGGAAAGGGUUGGGUGUAAUUCCCGAUGGGGUGUGUGUUCUUUUUCAUGCCACAGUUUGUGAAUUGUAAUUGUGGUUUCCCAUUUAAUUGUCGUAACUGGGCAGAAAUUUAAAAAAAAAAUCAAAAAAGUUCAAUAAAAAUACAAAGGAAUGGUUAAGCAAUUGUA